AUGGGCAUCCCUGAUGAUGAGAUUCUGGAUGUUGCUCCUCUCUCUGUUAUUCCUGGUGCAAACAUUGAUUUGAACCAACCCAUCGCCAUUGAUGCCUCCGAUGUUGUAUGCUCCAAUCAAGGUAACACCUCUAGUAUCCCUUCUAGUUCAACUCCUUCCGCUAACUCUAAGGAAGAUAAACACUACACUGAUCGUGUUAUAAGAGACCUAGUCACUAGAAUUCUUAAUGAAGGGAAAACCGUGUCUGAAAAAGGGAAAUUUGUGGCCUCUAAAACUGUCAAUGCUUCCCACUCUGAGAAGCAUGAUGAGGCAAACGUUGUGAUUGAUCUAGAGGAUUGUAGCUCUGAGGAUCAAGAGGAAAGCUUACUUCAUCAUAUAAAGCCAAGUGUGGCUAAACGCAUGAAGACUCACAAAGGAAAAUUUGUGGCUGAACUUAUGUCAGCUAGAAAAGCUAAGAAGACUGAUGGUAUUGGUCCCUCCAAAUCUUGGAGCAAGGUUGAAGUAAAGAAGAGGAAGGUCAAAGAUGAUUCUGAGCCUGAAGAGGAUGUUGAGGAAGAUGUCCCUGACAUCUCGCCUAUGAAGAAACCCACUGUUAGGAAGUCUCCUGUUAAAGUUCCUGCUGUUCAUUUGGAUAACAUCUCUUUCCAUCUUGAGGAUGAAUGCUAUGAAGGUUUAGUUAAGGAAUUUAUUGUCAACAUUCCUAAGGAUAUUUCUGAUAAGAACAACAAGGAGUUCUGCAAGGUGUUUGUGAGGGGCAGAAAAACUCAGGGUGCAGGUGAAUUAGAAGUUACCGACAAUGAGGUCUGUAAAGAGAUUACAGCUAGGAAAAUGAAAGGUUGGCCUGUUAAAACGCACCUUCCUGCUGGGAAGUUGACUGUCAAAUAUGCUAUCCUUCAUAAAAUAGGAGUUGCUAAUUGGGUCCCUACCAACCAUAUCUCCACCAUUGCUAAUACCCUUGGGAGUGAAGCUGCCAAUUACCUUUCCCUCUAUGAUCUGUGGAAUUAUCUUGAAUCAACAUCCUGCUUGGAGCAGGUUGAGGGUGAAAAUAUUGAACAUGCUAAUGACAGCCAUGAAGAAGAAGUUGAAGCCCACACCUCUAGUGAGAGGACUGCUAACAAUGAUGAUGCAAGUGGCAAUUCUGUUUCUGGUGCUGAUGAAGAAGCUGCAAGCUCAAGCUCUACUGAGUAG